AUGGCAGCAUUACAGCCAUUUCAUCGAUCCCAGUCGUUUCCUGAAGACUGUGGUAGUCACUUCAAUCUUGAAUCAACGAAUCGUAGAUCAUCAGCAAAAGCCCAAAACACAACCUUCCAGCCACUGCUACUUCAUCGUUCUGUUGGUACUACUGAUCCGAUGAUGCAGGGCCUUUCACUUAAGUAUCCAGAGAUACAUCUGCAGCCGGUUCCACCUAUCAUACAGGAGUGUAGUUCAGACUUGAUACAAGACAGCUCGAGUCCAGAUGUUGCAUCAUGGAAUACAAACCAUGCUGCAACUGCGCCAUUUAAAGGAAGAGGAGUUCCUUCUACGCUUAAUUUACCACCCUUUAUGAAGGAGCCAAGCGAGAUCACGGACCGUGGAGAUCAGAUGUAUAUCAAUCUCAAGAUUCAGGGACGAGUGGAUAGCUUUCCCGCUGACAAAGAUGACGGUGAAGGCACCCUAGCUGACCAACUUUUUGGAGUGACCAAGGAGAACUCCAGGGAUAGGACGGAUUUCUUGCCAAAGCGACAGCUGGAUAGAUUGAUAAAUCCUCAAUCUGUUACGAAAGAGCUUACCAGAUGGCUUCGAGACACGAUCUCUGAAGACAAAAUCAAAGACUUGGCAUGCCAAGUUUGCAGCGAGACCCUUCUUCCUUCCAAUGACGUUGCAGCAUCGGAGCUCAAAGUUAUCUCAUAUCAAAAGGUCUUCGCAAUUCUUGUUCUUGUCAACAAGGUGUACUACAUUGAAAAGUUUCUCCAAGAACAGGUGUGCGACAUAGAUCUUCCGCUUGCGAGGCAUGUUGAACAAAAUGGAGAUUGCCGGAAAAUCAGCCUUCAUCGCCGAAAACAGCCGAAAGUCCGGCUGGGCUGUUUCGAUACAUGGUCUCAGAUCAACCUUAGGAACUUCGAGCAAUACCAGUGGUCCGUGAUUCCGCCUUUUUUUACCAAAGGGCAGCGAAAGAAUGUCAAGCACUAUGUGUUCGAGCCGCAUAUAGUGCUUCCAUUUUCAUUCUCCAAUGAUAUGUAUUCUGUACCUGUCGGGCAAGAGCGUCGAGGAGGAUAUAGCCUUGUUUUUCAAGCUGAAAUUCACCCUGAUCACCAUGACUUCAAUGGCUCAGAGGGUGUUACAGAGAAGACUUCUCAGGACUGUCGGAACAUAUUCGCCAUUAAAUGCUUAGACUCCCCGGACAAAGAUUCUUUUGAAAAGGAAGUUCAUAUACUAAAGAGGUUUAGUGGGGAGGCGCACCCACACUUAAUAUCUCUACUAUCAACGUACGAGAAGGCUGGGAAGUAUUUCUUAAUAUUUCCUUGGGCUGGGGCCGACCUGAAGACCUACUGGAAGACCGAAAAUCCGAUGCCUGCUUUCGACGCUGACACUGUGAUCUGGAUGGCCGAACAAUGCAAAGGAAUCGCAGAAGGCCUGACGAAACUUCACCAGUAUGAAACUGACAGAAUUGACAAAGGCCAAAAUAUGAAGAACGAGCACUUGACCCCGCACCAAGACCAGAAAAGCACAAGAGGACCCGAACCCCUAGCUACACUUUAUGGACGCCAUGGGGAUAUCAAGCCAGAGAAUAUUCUAUGGUUUCCUGGCCCCAGAAACUCUAAGCAUCAAGGUACACUCAAAAUAUCAGAUUUCGGUUUAGCGGAACUCAACACGCGACAGAGCAGGUCAAAUAGACGAGGUAGCCAAGUUGCCAAUUCGCCAACUUAUAGGCCCCCUGAGUGCGACCUCCAAAAGAAACUUGUCAAACAAGCAUACGAUAUUUGGACUCUUGGUUGCCUGUAUCUGGAAUUUGUUACCUGGAUGCUUGGUGGCUGGGCUCUGCUUAACGAAUUUAGGUCACAAAGGCAGUCAACGGACGCAGGACCACGAUACAUCAAGUCAGACAGCUUCUUCGAGAUCUGGCAUUCCCAAGGAACCAAACAGGGACAGGCUUCAGUCAAGGUAGCGGUUAGACAAUUCAUCUUAAAGUUACAUUCCCAUGCUCGCUGUACCGAGUUCUUCCAUCGUUUUCUGCACUUGAUCGAAGAGGAUAUGAUGGCAAUUGAAGCAAUGGAUAGACCCAGAUGCAUGCAGAUACAGGAGAGACUUACUUCGUGGCAUGAUCGUUGCCUGAACGACGAGGAAUUUGCCUUGAUGCCUGCGCCGUGGUCAAACUGA